GAAGAGAAGACCAAGGAGGGCAGGAACAUGGCUCCAAAGAUUACUACAGAACUGCUUAGACAGCUGCGGCAGGCAAUGAAAAAUUCCAAAUAUGUUCCAGAGCCAAUCCAAGCCUACGUUGUGCCCUCAGGAGAUGCACAUCAGAGUGAGUACAUUGCGCCUUGUGACUGCCGAAGAGAGUUCAUCUGUGGGUUUGAUGGCUCAGCAGGAACCGCCAUUAUAACAGAACAGGAGGCAGCUAUGUGGACAGACGGACGAUACUUUCUCCAGGCUGCCCAGCAAAUGGAUUCCAACUGGACACUCAUGAAGAUAGGAUUGAAGGAUGUUCCCACACAGGAGGACUGGCUUGUGAGUGUACUUCCUCAAGGUUCCAAAGUUGGAGUAGAUCCAUUCAUUAUUCCAGCAGAUCAAUGGAAGAGGAUGUCCAGAGUUCUAAAAAGUGCAGGCCAUGCCCUCAUGCCUAUUGAAGAGAAUCUGAUAGAUGCAAUAUGGACGGAUCGGCCAUCGCGACCUUGCAAGCCCCUGAUGGCGCUAGGCCUGAGUUACACAGGGAUCAGUUGGAAAGACAAGAUCACAGCUCUGCGACUAAAAAUGGCAGAGAGGAAAGCACUCUGGUUUCUUGUGACGGCCUUGGAUGAGGUGGCAUGGCUGUUUAAUCUCAGAGGCUCUGAUGUCGAAUACAAUCCAGUGUUUUUUGCUUAUGCUGUCAUAGGGAUCAAUACAGUCAGGUUAUUUAUUGAUGGUGAGCGCAUGGCUGACCCAGCUGUGAGAGAGCAUCUGUCGCUGGAUUCUAUUCAGGAUGCCGAAUUUUGCAUUCAGCUUCUGCCAUAUGAAUCCAUCCUGACAGUACUGAAGUCCAUCUGUGAGACCCUCUCCCCUCAUGAGAAAAUUUGGCUCAGCGAUAAAGCCAGCUAUGCUCUGACCCAGGCCAUCCCCAAGGAUCACCGCUACCUCACCCCCUACACUCCCAUCUGCCUUGCAAAAGCUGUGAAGAAUGCAUCAGAGGCUGAAGGCAUGAGGAGAGCUCAUAUCAAGGAUGCUGUUGCACUGUGCGAACUGUUUAACUGGCUGGAGAAGGAGGUUUCCAAAGGCAACAUUACUGAAAUAUUAGCUGCAGACAAAGCAGAAGAGUUCCGUAGCCAGCAGGAGGACUUUGUUGACUUGAGCUUUGCUACCAUUUCGAGUACAGGCCCAAAUGGUGCUAUCAUACACUACAAGCCAACUCCUGAGACAAAUAGGACUUUAUCCAUGAAUGAGAUCUACCUCCUGGAUUCUGGCGCCCAGUACAAGGAUGGAACUACGGAUGUGACAAGGACUAUGCAUUUUGGCACCCCAACAGCUUAUGAAAAGGAAUGUUUCACUUAUGUGUUGAAGGGUCACAUUGCUGUCAGUGCAGCCAUAUUCCCCAAUGGAACUAAAGGUCACCUGCUGGACUCCUUUGCCCGGUCUGCACUGUGGGAUCAAGGCUUGGAUUACCUGCAUGGCACAGGACAUGGAGUUGGUGCAUUCCUAAAUGUUCAUGAAGGCCCGUGUGGUAUCAGCUACAAGACAUUUGCCGAUGAACCUCUGGAAGCUGGGAUGAUUGUGUCUGAUGAACCUGGUUAUUAUGAGGACGGUUCUUUCGGCAUCCGAAUAGAAAAUGUGGUUAUUGUUGUUCCUGCCAAAACAAAGUACAACUUCAGCAACAGAGGCAGUUUAACUUUUGAACCUUUGACCCUGGUUCCGAUCCAGACCAAAAUGAUACACACUCAUUUGCUGACCCCUAAAGAGUGCAACUGGGUGAAUGACUACCACAAAAAAUGCAGAGAGGUGACCGGGGCAGAACUCGAACGUCAAGGACGACAUGAAGCUCUCCAGUGGCUCAUUAGGGAAACAGAACCAAUCUCCAAAACCCACUAACAGUAGC